AUGAAUAUCCGCCAGAAUCUCUUCGGCCAAGGCCCAAGAGCAGGACGAGAACAAGCACAAGGUGGUUAUGCUCGUCCUCCAGCUCCCCCCUCGCGCGAUGACACUCCUAUGUCCAUGGGAGCGCCAGAGGGCUAUGGUGAUCCGAGAGGGAGCUACGGACAACAACCAAGACAGGCCAUGCCGCAACGCCCCCAAGUUGGACGGACGCAGCAGCCGCCAAUGUCUCCAGCACGACGGAUACAAUUACGGAUCGCAAAAGUUGAAGAUAAGACGUUGGCAAACCAAUACAUCUUUGGAAAUCUGUGCGCCGUAUCGCCCGAAGACUUCCCCCCAUCUCGAGAUGGCUCGGAUUUGUAUAUCUUGCUCAACGGCCGCUAUGUGGUAACAGCUCGGCCGACGGGCUCCUUUCCACCGGGAUGUAUAAGCUUGUCGGAUCCGCAGCGGACAUGGUGCAAUGUUGGAAUGAUGGAUCCCAUCACCGCCGAAUUAUACGACCCUUUCUCUCAAGGUGGACACACAUACCUCGGGUCCCUGGAUGUGGAAGCUGGAUUUGCGUCAGUGAAGAAGUUUACAGAGGUCCCCUAUGAUCAGGAUGUCCUGGCCGACGUGUUCAUCAAGCAGUUCGAGAACCAAAUAUUCUCGCCCGGGCAGAAGCUCUUAAUGGAUUAUAAGAACAUUCCCUUGAUGUUCACCGUGAAGACUGUCCAGUUGGUGGAUCUUAGCAUGGAAAAGUCAUCUUCGAAUGCCCCAACUACGCCGUCGCCAACAGCACGAGGUAUCCUCACGAGACACACCCCGAUCACCUUCUACAAAGAUGCAAAAUCACCCAUUAAACUGAAAGGAUCUGCAAAGCGGCCGGCCGCCAAUUCUAUCAUUGCUCCCGAUUUCAAAUUUGAGGAUAUGGGAAUCGGCGGGUUGGAUACUGAGUUCAGUGCUAUUUUCCGACGAGCUUUUGCAUCGCGUAUCUUCCCUCCAGGAUUGAUUGAGAAGCUGGGUAUUCAGCACGUGAAGGGUAUUCUACUUUUUGGACCUCCAGGUACCGGAAAGACGCUUAUUGCCCGCCAAAUUGGAAAGAUGUUGAAUUCGAGAGAGCCUAAGGUCAUCAACGGACCUGAAGUACUCAACAAAUAUGUGGGUCAGUCGGAAGAGAACAUCAGAAAGCUCUUCGCGGAUGCGGAGAAAGAAUAUAAGGAGAAGGGAGACGAAAGUGGUCUUCAUAUCAUCAUUUUCGACGAACUGGACGCCGUAUGCAAGCAAAGAGGUAGCGGAGCUGGUGGUGGAACCGGCGUUGGUGACAGCGUAGUCAACCAACUGCUUUCCAAGCUUGAUGGUGUCGAUCAACUCAAUAACAUCCUUCUCAUCGGAAUGACGAAUCGGAUGGAUAUGAUCGAUGAUGCAUUACUACGCCCUGGCCGAUUGGAAGUCCAUAUGGAAAUCUCCUUGCCUGACGAGGCUGGACGAGCGCAAAUUUUGAAGAUCCACACUUCGAAAAUGCGAGAUAACAAUGUCAUGGACUCGGAUGUCGAUGUUAUGGAACUUGCGCAUGUGACGAAGAACUUCUCGGGUGCUGAGAUUGGAGGUCUGGUCAAGUCCGCCUCAUCCUUUGCCUUCAACCGCCAUGUCAAAGUCGGAACUGUUGCCGGUGUCAGUGAUGAUAUCGAAAAUAUGAAAGUCAACCGAGCGGAUUUCCUAAACGCCCUGGAAGAAGUGAAGCCAGCGUUUGGUGUGUCUGAAGAGCAGCUCGAGACCGCCAUGAAACACGGAAUCGUGCAUUUCAGUCCUAAUAUUGACAACAUCCUCAGUCAAGGUGCCCUUGCAGUUGACUAUGUCAAGAGUGCGCCGGAAGCAUCGCUACUCUCUGUUCUCUUGCAUGGUCCUCCAGGCUCUGGGAAGACCGCAAUCGCGGCUAAGAUCGCGAAAGAUUCCGGAUUCCCCUUCAUCAAGCUUAUUUCUGCUGAGAAUAUGGUAGGGUUCAGUGAAAUGGCCAAGGUACAAUACCUCCAAAAGAUGUUCACGGAUGCAUACAAAUCACCCCUGAACUGCGUUAUCGUGGACAACAUUGAGCGAAUUAUUGAAUGGUCGAAUAUUGGUCUCCGGUUUUCGAAUCCUGUCACUCAAGCUUUAAUGGUUCUCAUUGCUAAGGAACCACCCCAUGCAAGUUCUCCUUCUCCCAUUUCUUUGGGCCGUCGGCUCCUGGUUUUGGGCACAACCUCCCAACGAUCCGUCAUGGUACAACUUGAUGUGAAACAGACCUUCAACCGAGAGCUAGCAGUACCAAACAUCAAUACGCACGAGGAACUCAAAACAGCACUCCGAGAAUUUGGGUCCUUCGAGAACGAAUCUGAUCUGAUCGAGUCCCUCAACGAGCUUCGAGCCAUUACCGGCACAGACAAAGUUGGCGUCGGGAUCAAAAAUAUCUUGACGACCGUGGGUCAGGCUAAGAGGGAUAGAAAUAACUUCCCAGGGACUUUUGCGGAUAUGAUGGCGCAGCAGAUGGCCGAUAAUAUGGUCGAGGUGGACAGAUAG